ACGGUAUGUGUACUAUAUACGUACAGUUUAGUAUAAGUAUAGAAAGUAAAUAUGAAUUUAUACAUGCACUAUAUACAUUAAAUAGUGCACUGGUGAUAAAGCUUUGAUGGAUAUUAUAGCAAAUAUUUUGACUGACUUGAUACGUUUGGCACCCUAGUGUAAAACAAUGCCUUCAGAUACAGUGAUACAUGAUUAUAUUGCCGGUGCUGUUGGUGGUGCAGCAGGACUUAUUGUUGGACAUCCCUUUGAUACCACGAAGGUUCAGUUACAGUCUCAACACCAUGGUCAUGAGUACAAGGGGACGUUCGACGCUAUUAAGAAUAUCAACAAGUUUGGUAUUAUUAAAGGCUUCUAUAGGGGCUUAUCAUGGCCACUGGUUUCAUUUGGAAUUGUGAAUUCUACCUUCUUCGGAGUGUAUGGCCAUACUUUGACAUAUUUAGAAAAGGACAAAUCGAAGCGGAAGUCCAAUUAUUUACACAUAUAUAUGGCCGGAUGUGUAGGUGGCGCUGCACAGCUUGUAUUUGUUGUUCCGGUUGAUUACAUUAAAACAGCACUGCAGUCUCAGAUUCCACAUGAUACACCCGGAGUUAACAAAGAUGUAGCCAAACAGUAUUUCAAAGGACCUUGGGAUUGUGCAAAGUCUAUUUAUAGAAAUAAGGGCCUUUUUGGUUUUUACAAAGGAGGCUUGGCAAUGGCUUACCGGGAAAUACCAUCGUAUGGUAUAUACUGUCUCACGUAUGAAGUUCUAAGCGAGAAGAUGCACGAAUAUGGCCUCACUGACUCAGGAGGUAUUGUUGCUAGUCUGGUAUCUGGCGGUAUUGCCGGUUCACUGACAUGGGCCUCUAUUAUACCAUUUGACGUCAUAAAAAGUCGGUACCAGGCGGACUUCUCUGGAGAAUAUCGAGGUUUUAUGCACUGCGCACGGAUGCUCUAUAAAGAAGGCGGGGUUCGAAUUUUCUACACGGGAUUUCUAGUCACAUGUCUACGAGCGUUUCCGGUGAAUGCCGUCACUUUUACUAUUUAUACACAAACUCUAAAGAAGUUGGAAAACUCUAGUUUGGACAAUUGAAUCCCGGUUUGACAUAACAUGUGAUACAUUCAAGCUGCAUAGUGAAUUUUAAUAAAUUGAUAAAUAUUUA